AUGGGCGACAGCGCCAAGGGCAUAAUAAUCGAGAUCGUUCUCGCCGAAAUAAACACGGCAAUCAGUCGAAACGAGAUCCUUCACAGCCAAGACCAAACCGGAUCAAAGGCUGUCGAGACGCCAUCCGUCGCGAGCGAUACACCUCAAAGCACAAACAUCAACACUGCUUCGGAACAGGAAGCCGAUGAAGAGUACGAUUGGAACUGGGAGGAAGAGAUGAUCUUUAAAGAACUAGAGAAAACUCACCAACCAGACCCGAUCGCCAUGCCACUACCGGGACCUGAGGAAUACCACGAUAACAUUGUGCUACCUCCGGCGUGGAACGCCACCUGGAUUCAGUCUCGAUUUGCAAAAGAGGGCAACCUCAUGGAAUUCUCGCGGCCGAUACGAGAAACCGAGUUCUUCGUCACGUUGCAGUAUGAUCCAGCGUUCUGGAAGUGUCCCGAGGGCAGUGCUCCCAAACAACCCCCUGAGCCACGAGAGAGGCCCAGCACGUUCAAGUCUAGUCGCCUUCCAGGGUUUCCAUCUCUCCCACCCAAACCGCCUACUCCAGAAAACCGUGAAUACCGUCUGGUCAAUAAUCGAAAGCGGACUUUGGACGAGUCGCCAUACAAGAACCCUCGAGCUAGGGGCGGCCCAGAAGGUGGCGAAUGGGCGGAUCAUCGUUUAAAGAGGCACAAGGUUGAAUCACUUCCCGGCUACAAUGCCACCUCACCGCACAAUCGGAGAUCCAGGGAGGACUCGAGACCGAUGGAUCGCUAUCGUCACCAAAGACCAGAACGCACUGAUUCCGAUCCAGGCCAGACGCUCCUCAGGUCCUUGGACGAGUCUCAAGAUGCCGGCCCAUCAAGGCGAUUUGAAGACGCGGGUCUCCAAGACUCGGGAUACUAUAGCUCUCGGAACGUUCGCAGACAGACAUCGACCAACAAUUUCCAGGAAAGGGGGGCAUCGCCACCUGUGCUUCCUCGCGGAACAUCACGACUAGAUAGCCGGCCGCAUAGCCGACAGGCGUCUCGAUCUCGGUCUCGAUCUCGUCACUCCCGCCGCCGUGGAUCUCACAGCAGCCGUGAUGAAUCACGUCCAGCUUCUAGGCAAUCUGCGGCGUCCUUUGGUACUGACGCAUCGGAGUUAUCUGCACUAGAGGCCGAACUCCUCGGCAUUGCUCCCAAGUCCAAGGGAGACCGAGAUGGGAAACCGGAUGGCUUGAAGAUGCGCAAGCGCGUCACCAAGGUCGAUUCGGCUUAUAGGUAA